AUGCAAGUGGUCUGACUGAAUAGAAAUGGCAUAGAUAAAUUGCACCCGGAUGCAAACGUCUAAUUAAAUCAUGUCUGAUCAUUGACACUUUCACUUUGUUUAUAACCUUGUCUAUCGUUAAGACAGCAGGAAUGAUCCGUUAUAUUUAAUAUACAUUCUUUGAUAUCUUCUUUAUACAUAAAUUAAAAAUUGUGCGACAUUCCCGACAACAUGUCUUUAACUAUUGAGAAACAAAUCGAAUUAUUAUUAUCUGGGAAUUCCUUAGAGAUUGAUGACACGCAUGAAGAGAUCCAUGCCGCACAAACUGAUGUAUUAGGAUCGAAAACGCCCAGUAAUUAUGUCCCAGUUUGCCAAAAGACUGUAGCAUACAUUGUUGCUGCUGUUGUUAUAAACGAACAUGGAGAGGUAUUGAUGAUGCAGGAAGCAAAAGCCUCUUGUAAUGGUAAAUGGUAUUUACCAGCUGGUCGAGUCCAGCCCGAUGAAAACUUAUUGGAUGCUGUUAAACGGGAAGUUUUGGAAGAAACAGGCCUUAUAUUGGAACCAGAAACACUGAUAUUAAUUGAAUGUGCAGUUGGUUCAUGGUUUCGGUUUGUUUUCACUGGCAAAAUAAUUGGUGGCAAACUGAAAACUUUAGAGGAAGCAAAUAAGGAAUCGUUGCAAGCUUGCUGGGUGCAAGAUAUAAAUGAUCUGACCCUUAGAGCGAAUGAUAUCAUUCCUUUGAUAGAGAAAGCAAAAUCUUAUAUUGUGAACAAGGAUACCUUGCAUUAUCCAAAUUUAAUUCCAGCUACUAAAUCAUUAAACAAAUUAUUGUUGAGACUUGUAAUUACUUCAAAAAAGAGAGCAACGAACAAGUUACACGUUCUUACAUCGAACGCGGAACCGGCUUAUUUACCGACUUGUGAAAUUAAUCCAAAUUGUAGUCUUCUUUCUACUUUGCAUAAUUUCAUGGAAGAACUGUUUGGUAGUGGAGUUGCACAGCAUAAGCCACAUGGUAUAUUGUCUGUAGAAUUUAGCGGAGAACAAGAAGGAGACGGACUUUGUUUAACAUUAUUGGUAUCGUUCAAGCUGCCUGUAGAGGAUAUACCUACUAUUGGAAAGUAUAUUUGGCGCGAAUUGCCCGAUAAUGUAGCCACAAAUAUAUCUUAUCGUUUGCCAAGAAAUAUGACACUGCCUUUAAAUGUUAUUCGAUAAAGUAAUGUGUGAAUGUAUAUGUAAUUAUACAUCAAACAAUUUUGAGAUCUUGUAUCCAAUGCACUCAGUCUUAACUUGUGGUUUUUAGAUAUAAAAUUAAACAAUCUUUAACACGAUUAACAAAUCAUAACAAACCGCAAGUAUAAAUACGAAAUAUUUGAAAUACCCUUAAAAUUCAUUUAUAAAGGCGAUUGAUAGUUCAAUUUAUGAAAUUACGAUUACAGUAUAGCAUAAAGCAGUUAUAUUAACUAGUAUCAGCAUUUAACAAUGACUAACUGAACAGAAAAAGAUAUUUAUAAUCAUGAUUUUACGUUUAUCCUAGUCUAUACCAAUGAUUUUUUAAACAGAUGUGAGUAUAUAUUGUAUAUCAUUCACGGAAGUAUAUAGUGUAAGCAAAUUAAUAUUAAUUCGAAUCAUCUAUAUAAGUUUUUGUAUUAUUAGCGAAGAAACUGCAAGGACUUCGAAUUGUUACCAAAAAUUACUAUAUCUCUCAUUCCAAAUAGAUAAUAUAUAAAACAAGUACAUUAUUCAAUGUACCUUAAAAUUCAUUGAGCACAAGUAUUUAUAUACACAUAUACACAAAUAAUUCAUAACACAAAUACAUUACAAUAUGUAUAUCAUAUAUAUUUAUGGUUCAAUUAUGACAAAAAAUAUUAUUUGUAAUUGGACGCAUAUAAAAGAAUUGUUAUGUAUUUUAUGAGCAGAAUAAAUAUGUUAACGAAUCAUU